GAGGAUUACAGCAGACGAUGCUGCUGCCUUGACCUUUGGAGCUGGAGGGCGAACUGUGGAGCGGAUCGCACGUGUGUCGGAGGCAGAGGUGGAGCUUCUCGACAAAGACCUCGUUCUGGAGAUGAGAGGUACAGAUUUGCAGAGACGCAGAGCCAAGAAGUAUGCAAACAUCAUCAUGAAGCAGCGAAUGGGCCCAAAUGUCAUCACUGAUGACUUUGAGGACGGUGAUCUCACCGUCCUGAGCGUUCCUCCAGAUGUUGUGGGCUACGUCCAGGGUCAAGGCGGCAGUGUGCUGCGCAGCAUUGAGGAGGAAUGGGGUACCCUCAUGGUCUUCAUCGACACGGAUCUCUCGAAAGCCCAGCGCCUGGCCAUUUUCGGUAGCAUCCGCGGUCGACGCGGCUCAGAACUGAAAGUGCUCAGCGCUGUCGAAACGAAAAUGUCUGGCUACUUUGCCUCGGUUCGCGAGAUGAUCAUCAGCCGUGACAAGUACAAGGAUCCAACGGCCACUUGGGGAACGGACACCAUGACGUUUCGAGAUGAGGGCGAGAUUUCGUAUGCUCUGGGCAAGCAGGGUGGCACGAGGAAGAAACUGGAACGCUCUUCCGGUGCCAUUGUCCAGUAU